CUGCCCAGGAAUAUCUAAUAACACUCUGUUCGCUGCCUUGUGAACAAUUUAUCCUGACAAUACAUCUUUCAUGCUUCACACCCAUGCCUUUAUUUAUGGCUCAAUUUGUGUUCUCUCAAAUGUCCAUUGUUUUCCUAGCUGCAGUUUCACUACAUUUUUCAGUGCCUUGCACUGUAUUCUGUACAUCCUGUCAGCUUUACUUGUUUAAUCCAUUUCAAUUGUAAAAUAUAUAGACCAGCAGAGGUCUAAUAUUCCGGCUUUGCUUCUUCAUUUCUUGAUUCAUGUCUGUAGUUCAGUAAGUAGACCCCUUUGUUGUUAUCAGUAUAUCCUGCAAUGUUAGUGUAGCAUUUCAAGUUUUAUCCAUUUGAGGGAACUUUUCUUGUUCCCAUGUUGUCUUAAAUAAGGCAUAUCAUUUCAUUAAAUACCCCUAAAGCAUUGCCAUCCCAGUAGCAUUUGGUUCUUGGGUGCUGAACUGGGAGGUGAACCAUCUUCAGUAUUAGCUCCUAAAAUGGGGUUGGGGGUGGGAUCUCUCAUAGCAAGAAGAGCUAAUUUUGUUUCUAGUUGAGGGUUAGCAAGAAAGUCUACUGCAUGGAGGCUAACCACACAGGAUUAGGAGACCGUCUGUAGUUCACAUGUGCUAAUUUUACAGCUUUUAUUUUUCUUUUCCCAUACAGGAAGUAUCAGUCAGAAAAGCCUAAGGUAUACCAAGGAGUAAGGGUAAAGAUAACUGUAAAAGAACUUCUGCAACAGAAGAGAGCGGUUCAAGCAGCGGCCACGUCAAGUAUGAUAUCCAGGGUUAGCAAUGGCCAGGUGUAUGAAUCCAGUUCCUCUGCUUCUUCCUCUUCCUCUUCUUCACCUUCAUAUGCAGCUCCUUGUCUUGAUUCACUGCCAAGUGCUUCAGAAGCAGUCUUUUUCCAGAACCAACCUUUUCUCAGCAGUCUGCCAUGUGAUGACAUUUCUCUUCUUUGUGACAAUCAGCAAGGCAUGGAUAGGUGGGCACAACCCUCAGCUUUUCAAGACAACUCAUACUCUUCACUGUCAACCUCAUCUUAUUGUACCCCGUGUAACUUCCAGUCCAUGUCUGUCUGUAACACAAGCAUGGGAUCAAACUCUUCAUUGGAAUCCUCUCAUCUUUCAGGAUCUCUGGAAUAUAACCCUUCCCCAUCACAAUUUUUUCACUUUAAUCCUGCAAAUUUCAGCUCUCCUUCCCAUAUGGAUGGAAAGAGUUUUGGAUAUCCUUCAGAAGAUUACACGUACCAACAAUACAACUCUUCUGUUUGUUACUGUCCAUCUUGCAUGGCUGACCCUAUAGAGACAAUGAAGUCCACCGAAUAUUUUUCAUAUCCAGGAAUUGAUUGCUUGGACUAUUCUUCCAAUAUGAUGGCAGAUGAUUUCGUGAGAAGAGAAAUGAACAGCACCUGGGAUACAUGUUAUGGCUAAUAAUCUGCAUCAUUCAUGUACAUUUGCUUUACCACUGCCUGUGAAUGUUAGUAGCUGUCUGUACAAUGUAAAGUCCUGUGGGUGAUUGGAAUAUUAUGUAUGUUAACUGCUGACUGUGUAAUCCUGUCAGUAGACACUGCACUAUGUACAAAUGCUGUCUGCAUCUAUAUAGUUGAGUGUAUGUUUUUGCUUUCUUUGUAUGCAUGUAGGUUUGGGUGUGUGUGUAUGCAUUUGUGAGUAUGUU